CCCCUCAGGCCGCUCCCUCGGGACGCUCCCCUCAGGCCGCUCCCUUGCUCUGCCCGCUGCCUCCCUCCCCUCAGCGUGGCCAGAAGCGCCGCUUUCCGUAAAUAAGUGCCUGUGCUGGAUCAGCGGAGACUUCGGACGUGAAGGAUUUGUGGUGAAAAUGGCUGCAGAGGAGAGGUGGAAACAGCAAAAGGAGGCUGAGCAUGGAGGGGAGAGGGAGCCGUGUGUGCUCCUGGGCCGGCAGCUGGGUGAAGCCGGGAGAUUCGCCUACGCGGCGCUUUGUGGGAUUUCCCUCGCCUGGCUGUUCCCUGAAAACGAGCAAAGCUCCUUCAGAACAGAAUUCAUCAAGGGCUUUGUGAAGUGGCUGGACCUGCCUGACGCUGUCUUACCUGCCAUGACAGCCUUUGCUGAUGGCUUAGGAGGUGAGGGCACAGAAACUUUCACUGAAAUUUUGCUGAAGGAUCCCAUCUUGAAAGAAAAUCCACUUCUUAUUACCCAGAACCUUUUAUCGUUCUCUCUUCAAGAUGGAUCCUAUGAUGCUCGAGCCAGGGUGUUGAUCUGCCGUGUCAGCUGGCUGCUGAGAAUUCCCUUGGAAGAUCUGGAAGUCCUGGAGGAAUCUCUGCUUGAGAGCCUGAAGGAACAAAAAGAGGAAGAGUCAGAAACUGCAGAAGUCUCAAGAAAAAAGAAGGAAAGAAGGAGAAAGCUGAAGAGAUACCUGCUGAUCGGUCUGGCAACUGUUGGGGGUGGAACAGCGAUUGGUCUGACAGGAGGCCUGGCUGCCCCUCUGGUGGCUGCAGGAGCUGCCACGAUCAUCGGGAGUGCUGGAGCAGCUGCUUUAGGAUCAACUGCUGGCAUCGCUGUCAUGGCAUCCCUGUUUGGAGCAGCAGGAGCUGGUCUUACUGGAUACAAAAUGAAGAAACGUGUGGGAGCCAUAGAAGAGUUUGAAUUCCUCCCACUCACUGAAGGGAGGCAGCUCCACAUCACCAUAGCAAUCACUGGAUGGCUGUGCACUGGCAAAUAUGGCAGCUUCACAGCCCCGUGGAGCAGCAUGCUGCACUCGAGUGAGCAGUACUGCCUGGCCUGGGAAUCCAAGUACUUGAUGGAGCUUGGCAACGCCUUAGAUUCCCUUCUGAAUGGUUUUGUGAACAUGAUGGCUCAAGAAGCCCUAAAAUUCACUGUCUUGUCAGGGAUUGUGACAGCCUUGACUUGGCCAGCAUCACUCCUGACUGUUGCCAGUGUCAUUGACAACCCCUGGGGAGUGUGUCUGCAUCGCUCUGCCGAGGUGGGCAAACACCUUGCGCACAUCCUGCUCAGCAGACAGCAGGGCCAGAGACCUGUCACACUGAUUGGCUUCAGCCUGGGUGCCAGAGUCAUUUACUUCUGCCUGCAGGAGAUGGCUCAGGAAAAAGACUCACAAGGCAUCAUUGAAGAUGUUGUCUUACUGGGAGCUCCAGUGGAAGGAGAAGCCAAGCACUGGAGAGCUCUCACCAGAGUGGUGUCAGGCAGGAUCAUAAAUGGCUUCUGCAGGGGGGACUGGCUGCUGAGCUUUGUUUACAGAACCUCCUCUGUCCAGCUCAACGUGGCAGGCCUCCAGCCAGUCGACCUGGAUGACAGGAGGAUGGUGAACGUGGACCUUUCCUCUGUGGUAAACGGCCACCUGGACUACAUGAAGCAGAUGGACACCAUCCUGAAAGCCGUGGGCAUUAAAACCAAGGAAUUCCAGCCCAUAGAGAAGGGCAGUGGCAGUCGGUUUUCCCCUCAAGCCAAGAAAUCCCAGCGGGCAGCUGGCAGCAAGGCUCAGGGAGAGGAAAACACCAGGAAAGAGGAGGAUGAGGCUGGGGGUGAGGCUCUCCCAGCCAGCUGCACUCACAGACAGAAUUCCUCCAGCUCUGCCCUGGGAGAGCCCUCACCUCCCUGCCCAGACUGCUCACACAGCACGGACAGCGAGGAGCAGGCAGCGGGGAAAGGAGAAAACCAGAGCAGAGCUGCUCAGCCGGCACAAAAACCGCUGUCAGCACAUCCGUGGCACUGAGAUUCCCAGAGGAUGGAGCUGCUGGAGCUGCAGUUUCCAGCCCCUCCAGAGGAGAGUGUGGCACUGGAUCAAAGCCACCCACGGCACCUCCCCGAGGCGAGAGAGGGCUGAUUCCUGCCGGAGUCUGCCCUGCUCCUCAGGAAUCCUCGACAGAUCCCAUCCAAAUCCCUGCAGGAAGCAGCUGCACCCCUCGGCACCGUGUCCCUGCUGUGGCUGGGGGGAGCAGGUGGCUCUGAGGCGAUUUUAGGCGUUUCACAGAGAGGGGUUAGUUGCUAGAAAACAUUUUUCCACUGGAGAUGAGUUUGGUUUGAGGAUCUCAGGUGUGUUCCGAGCUCUGCCUGCCCCACUCUGGAUGGAUCCACAUCUGCUCUCCGGCUCUGCUGACCAGGAGGGGAAAGGCUUGGGCUGCCAGGCUUCCUUCCCCUGCCUGCUGCAGGUUUGCUGCCAGGGCUCUUUCUCGUCUCCAAGAUUAUUUCUCUGUCUCCAGGCUGUGGUGUUGGAGGCCCUUUUCCUGUUAGAAACAUGUUUGGGAUCCUGGGUGAAAGUGGCAGGAAAACCGAGGAGGUUUUGGAUGGUUUAUGAAAAUUCCUCUCAGGCUCUCCAAGCCAGCAACCCACUGAGACUUGGCUUUUGUGUCCCACAGACAUCUCCAGCCUUAAAAGCCCCAUCCAGACAUAAUUUUAAUUGGCUUAGAACUAAACCAGUGCUUGGCACAGGAUGAACACGGAUCUGUUUGAUUUCUACCUCCUUCCAGAAAAGUGAAUUUGCUCCACUCUCUUCAUCCCCAGUCUCAGAGUAGAGGGAAGGACCCAGCUCUACAUCCCCUGCCAGCACAGCUCCAGAAUCUUGUGGGAAUGAUCCACAUCUUCCAUAAAAUCCCCUUUUCUGGCCUGUUUUGCUGCUGAGCCCAGGCAAGUGCAUCUGGCAGGAGUGUGGCAGGUGGGUAACCCUCCUCUGGGGGUUUUAUGCUUUGCCACAAGGGAGGGUUCAAACUCUCCCACCCCCAUCUGGGGGAUCCUGUUGACUCAUGAGAGGGGAAAUAUUGGGAUUGAACCUUCCAGUUUGGGUUCACACAGGGUUCUCCUCCUCCUCCUCCUCCCCCCCACUGACCCAGCAGCCACGUUAAUCCCCCCUCUCCCUCCAUUCCCAGUUUCCUGCAAACCUUACCUGCAGAUCACUCCUCGUGGAGUCAGACAGGGUUUGGGGGUGAUGCUGUGACUCAGCAGAGCACCAUGGUUUGGUUACAGUGUCCUCUCCCCAAAUCCAUCAUCCCAGGGGGCUCAGACCUGCCCAGCUCUGAGCUGGUGCCUCUCUGCGGGGACCAGAGGGACUGGCUGUGGGAUCCCACAGGGAUGGGGCUGUUUUUCCUGCUGCUGUUGGUGCCACUGGCUGCAGAGGUGGGAUGAGAUUCUCUGCUCAUCUCAGGGUUUGUCCACAAUACACAGAACUGCCUGAGACAGUAAGGAAUUAUUGCUUUUGAAUGUUUGGCUUGAAGAGGCGACCCUCUCUCUCUGUCCAUCUCCGGAGGCUGAUUUGGUACCUAACAAACUCCACAGAGCCUUUUUCAACUCCUUUUCAACCCAGGUUGUAGUCCAAGCUUGUAUUUAUAUAAAACCACUGUGGGAGGAUGCACAUCUUGAUCUGGGUGCUCAACACCAGCCCCAAGCUCCAAGUGCAUGGAGCAGUUUGAGGUUUGAGUCCUCAGUCACUCAUCCCUGGCUCCCAAGGGAUUUGUGGCAAAGAAAUGCUGGGUUGGUCGUACAAAUUCCAGUUCUGGAACAUCCAUGGAAACAACAACAACAUGGAAAGGAAACUGGAAGUGUUUCAGUUGAAGGUGUGUGGCUGCUUCUUCCAGCAUCCCGUAUCCAGGGGAUGCUCUGUGUCUGUUUGGAUGUCAGGGAGCUCCAGGAGAACAGUCUUGGAAUUAGGCAGAAGGCUUGGAGUGAAGGGUCCAGGGAGGGCACAGCAGCCAACUGCCAGCCCAAAGGCACUUGAAGAAGAAUUUCCUAAAAAAAAUUUGUUUUAUCGAUUUUUUUUUUAAUGCUCACUUGUCACAUUUACUCAGCGUUCCCUCUGCUUAUGGCUCUGGGGAGGGGGCUGGCAUUGUCAUUUAAAAUAUUCCUUUAGAUUCUUACUUGAAGGGAGGAAAAAAAGUGUAUUUUCUAAUUGCAUCCUCGAGGACGUGAGGAACUGUCGGAGGGAAGUGAGGUGGUCCUGUGCCAGGAGCGGGAUGGAGCCUGUGGGAGGAUCUGAUCCCGUUACCACUGCGAGACAGCCACAGAGGCGCUGUGAGUGUCACCCCACACCCCCAGUGAACAUCCAGAAAUCAGUGUUGGACAUUGUGCACCAAACUGAGCCCCCGCAGCGCAGCUCUGCGUGACGAGACACGGCGCUGUGCGACAGCAGCCUGAGACAGCCACGACUCCAGGGGUGAGAUCCAGCAACAGGAGGACGUGGUGUAGCCCCAAAGCUCAGUGUUCCUGCUGGAGCAGCCCCAGAGCUCUUGUCCAUGAAGAUGUUUUUCCACCGCUUCCCUCGGUGCACUCAGAGAUCUGUGCGUGCAAAACCAAGCCUUGGUUUGAGGUUAGGGCACCACAGAGUCUGGAAUCUGAGGUUCAGGCUCACCAGAGGUGGAAAGGCCACGGGAAGGGUUCAGGAAUGGUGGUGGUGAGCACAGGAGGGAUGAAAAAGAGACAAGGCAGGUUAAUUCAGCAGCAACACCUGGCUUGGCACGGUUUGAUCCUCCUUGUGACAGUGCUCGGGGCCACCGUCCCCUCCCCGAGCUGCACCGCCUGCUGGAA